AUGGAAGAGGAGAAAACGGUGCAGUCAGUGCAAAGCCACCAAUGGAGGUUGAUGCCAUUGAAGUCGUGCUUCCUGUCAAUGGAGGAAAAGGCACGAGGGAACGACACUACUCCCAACAGUGAAGCCACCACAAUGGAAGGGUACAUGACUCAGGCUAAAAAGGUAAUUAGAAAAAUCAUUGUGGAAAAUACAACAAGGCUAAAAAGGGUACAUGACUCAAGCUUGUACUAA